UGCUGCAGCCCCAGCCCGGCCAUGGAGAGCACAGAGGUGGAGUCGGACAUCCUGCGCCGUGUCCGCACGCUGCUGCGAGAGCUGGACGGCCACCAUCCCGCCUGCCAGCGCGACCGAGGGAUGCUGCGAUGGACACUGCACAAAAAAAUUGACCAGAAUCCCAGUAACAGCUCCAUCCUGGUCAGGAUCUUGGUGAAAGAGCUGGAAAGGGCGGAGCGAGGCGACUACCGACAUUAUAUCAUCCCCCUGCUGCACACGCUGAUGUACACCCUGAUAAAGGCUCCCUGUACCUCCGAUGAGCUCUGCAGCAGAGUGUAUGACUUCUGCAAGAAGCUGCUCACCCUGCCCAAGCCUUUCUGCACCAUUGGUUUGGACUACGCUAUCAGGCUGAAGAUGGAAAGGACAGCACCGGGUAUGCUCUACCAAAGAAUGGUGAUUUCCGAACAAAGUCUAAAAAGCGACCCGUACCCUUACCAGGAAAAGAUUUUCAUCUUCGCCGACCCGGAGCUGCUCUCCGAAGCCAUCUGCAACGCUCUGGUCACCGACACGCAGGCAGCUCGGCUCUCCCAGAGCCCACGGGCAUGCAUGUGCUACGUGAUCAUCCACGCCAUGCAGGCAGCCCUGGGCGAGGGCUGCGACCUCAGCGGCUUGAGGAUGAGCCUCCAGGACAUGUCCACGAGUGAGGUCGAGCACUGGUUCCAGCAAGUGGUGGCAGCUGUCGAGUGUGCGGGAAGUGAAGCGAGUGUGGACCGUGGACAGCACGUGGAGAGGCUGGAGAAAAUUUACUGCACCCUCCGCGGCUCCUUGCCACCAGGUGAUGCUCCCCUGGGGAGGCUGCAGGGCAUCCCUCUGCCCAACCCCAACAUCAGCUUCCACCUCUGGAAGGAAGACGACCAGCUCUGGAAGGAGCUGGUGCUGUUCAUCCGCCCGCUGUCGCAGAGCUGCGAGCCCGACCACCUGAGCCAGGACCUGGACAACUUCGAGAUCCAGGACAUCAUUUCGGAGUGCGAGUCCUGCGAGCAGACCCGCUUCUCCGUGCUCUCCACCGACAGCGGCAUCGAGCGGGACCUGCCGCCGGCAGCCGAGGAGCCCUUCGCCCCUUGCAGCACCGACACGGAGCAAUCCCGGCUCCAGAGGAAGGGCGGCAUUAAAAAGAAGCCAUCCCCACUGGAGAGCAUGGCGUUCCUGCAGACCGGCUGCAACGGCCCCGGGGCGAAGCCCGCGGCCAAGGCGCAGAAGAGGACGGGCGUCCCCGCCAAGCCCCCGGCCCCGCUCCAGAGGCUGCACACUGCGCGCAUCGUGCUGCUGGGGGACGACCGGGUCCUGGGGCGCCUGGCCCAAGCCUACCACUCCUUGAGGAAGCGAGAAACACGGCGUGUGUUCCUGACUCCGAGGCUGAACCUGCAGUUCUACUACAUCCCGGUCGUGACGGGGCAGUCGAGCGUGCCGACAGCCGCGGUGAGUCCGACCCAUGCUGCUGCCAGCCCCGAGGAGCUCUGCGAGGUGGCCGGGUACCUGGGCAGAGCCGACCCCUGGUACGAGAGCAACAUCAACACGCUGUGCCACAUGAUCCCCAAGCUGGCCACCAUGCCUUCCUCUCCAAGCAAACAUCUUGUGACUGAUCUCUUCAUCACCGAUGUGAUCGCCUACUACGUCCGCAUGGGUGCCCAGCCCGUCUGCUUCCAGGUCUACAUGGUGAAGGUUUUCUUCAAUGACCCAGCACUGGAGCCAGCUGAGGACGUCUUCCUCACUGAGCUGUGUGCCCAGAUGCAGGACAGCAUCUCCCACAGAGACUUAAACCUGACCAAGAAGAAAACGACCCUGGAGGGCCCUGGCAUAGAUCUUGCAGUAAUGUACAAGAAGGUUGUGGUGAGUGAUCGGGCAAAGGAGGUGUCGGCGUCCCUGCGCUCCACAGGCCUCGUGAUGAAGGCCAUCCCUGCUGAUGAGGCCGAAGAUCUGUUGUGUCUGAAUGUGAACGUCACUGAAAUCAUUAAGAUCAACAACUUGUCGGGACGAUCCUUCUCAGCUGUGGCAAACAGGUUGAAAACACGCGAUAUCAAAAUCAGGAGCACAGAGCAGAGGCCCUUCACGGUGUGCCUGGACAAGGACAGCAGAAGAACCUACAGGAAUGUGAUCAGUGUGGAAGUGUCACCCUGCCUAGAGCCCAGCUACUGCUUGCAAAAAACAAGGACAAUGAAAUCCAGCGUGCAUGAAGCAGAGGAUGUGGGCCUUGUGAAAUACAUGCCCAAGUCUCUGCUGUUGCCCAUCAACACGUUUGCAGGAGUCAUCCAAUGA